AGAGCCAGCCCACGACAUCAGAUGAGACUGUGGUGGCUGGUGGUACAGUGGUGCUCAAGUGCCAGGUGGAGGAUCCUGAUGACUCCUCGUUGCAGUGGUCCAACCCUGCCCAGCAGACCCUCUACUUCGGGGAGAAACGAGCCCUGCGAGAUAACAGGAUCCAGCUGGAGAGGUCUACCCCCAAUGAGCUGACCAUCAGCAUCAGUGAUGUGGUGCUGUCAGAUGAGGGUGAAUACACCUGCUCCAUCUUCACCAUGCCUGUGCGGACUGCAAAGGCCCUGGUCACUGUGCUGGGAAUCCCCCAGAAACCCCAAAUCUUUGGCCAUGAGCAGCCCAUUGAUGAGGAGAAGAUAGCCCGGCUGACCUGUCGGUCCUCUGGCAGCAAGCCUGCAGCCCAGCUCCGGUGGAAGAAGGGCAACAAGGAGCUGAAGGAUGAGGGCACCGAGGUGGUGGAGGACCCCAAUGGAAAGACCUUCACCGUGAGCAGUCGGGUGGAGUUCCGUGUCACCAAGGAGGACAACGAAGCUGAAGUGACGUGCACUGUGGACCACGAGUCCCUGCAGAACUCUGAGAGGUCAACCACACAGAAGCUGCAGGUCCACUACAAGCCGACAGCGAAGAUCGAGCCGCACCCCCAGUACCCGCGGGAAGGCGAGAAGCUCCAGCUGCAGUGCGACGGGCAGGGCAACCCCAUCCCCCAGGAGUUCCUGUGGGAGAAGGAGGGCAGCGACGCGCCCCUGCAGCUGAGCUCCGACAGUGUCCUCAUCUUCCCCUUCCUGAACAAGAGCGACAGCGGCACCUAUGUCUGCACGGCCACCAGCUCCAUGGGCAGCGUUGUGGCCAAGUACAACCUCGAUGUCAGCGAUGCCAGCCCGGUACCCUCAACCUCCAGCACGUACCAUGCGGUGAUCGGCGGGGUGGUUGCCGUCAUUGUCUUCCUGUUGCUCAGUCUUCUCAUCGUGUUGGGACACUACCUGAUCAGACACAAAGGUACCUACCUGACCCAUGAGGCCAAGGGGUCGGACGAUGCCCCAGAUGCUGACACGGCCAUCAUCAACGCAGAGGGCGGCCAAGCCGGUGGUGAUGACAAGAAAGAGUAUUUCAUCUAGGGAUGUCGGAGGGAGUGAGAAAAUGGAGCUAGCAGACCCAGAUGGAAACGGAAACCAGACCACAAACCCCACUCAACCCGACAGAUUUUCUCUCGCGCCCGGCCCGGGCAGACAGACGGACAGAGGGAUGGCGGGACAGAGAGCAGAGAGUGACCAGCCUGAGACAUGAUACUUCUUCUUGAACUUGUACAAAACGUUAUUACUACGAACAGCAAAAGCCCUGGCCCCGUUUGCUUGCUUGCACCUCCAUCCCUGCGACUGGUGCUCACGCAAAACACAGACCAACCAGUGAGUGAGCGACUUUCCUUCUUCCUUUGGACUUUGCUUUGGUUUCGUGGCUGCUCUUUGCUUUGGGUUCUUGGUUGGGAUGUUGGGCUGGGGUCGAUGUAGCUCUUUUCUUUGUUUCUCUCCAUUUUGGUUUCUUUGACAUCCAAGGAUAAAAUCAGCUCCAGGCUCUGG